AUGAAAUACUACGAUGCUGAUAAUUGGCCAGGCUUAAAACGAAAACCAAGUGACAAAAUGAAGUCCUUCGACUUGGAUGAUAUAUCCAUUAUAUUCCUUGGGAUAUCUAUAAAAGGAGCACGAGUUUUAUCCAUAAUUAGCCGUGUAAACGACGAAUGUUUACCACUGUUCAUGAAAGUAUGUAAAGUAGUACUAUUACUAGGAGUAGAUAACGAUGUUUUCACUAAAGAAGAAGAUGAAGCAGACGAUGCCGAAGAACUACUAGUUGUUUUAUCAUACAAAGAAAGAUUUUCCAUUCCUUUUCUUAUAUUAAAAACAUCUAAACUCUCAACUGAAGAUAUUGCUUUGAACAGGAUAGAUUUAUUCAUUAUUUUCUUUAUUCAACAACGUUACAUAUACCAUACUGCUAUAGAAGACAUGAGUACCAAGUUAGAUUACGGGACGCGUACACCAAAAAUGGAAAUUGGUGAGCUACUUACUACCCUUUAA